AUGCAGCAGCUUGCAGUAUGUAGGGCUUCAGCUCUACCACCUGAGGAUUACUGGGACUCUGUGUUCCCCCGCACUCCAAUGCCAAAUGCCUUGAAGCAGUUGCUUUAUCAGCCGGAACCAGGAAAGAAAGAUCAUUCCAUUCCUUGGAUACAAGAUAGUUUAAAUUCAAAUAUAGACGAAGGCAACUCAGUAUUUAAAGUUGGAGCAUACAACUAUAUUAUUGAUCCAAGUAAGGAAAGAAGUGCCAAGGUUGACGGGGAUGGAGUGCCGAGCAAGCAAUUCAGAGUUGGAGCAUACAAUUAUAUUAGCAAUCCGAGCUUGAAAAAAAGUGUCAAUGUUGACGGAGAUGAAGAGCCGAACAAGCAAUUCAGAGUUGGAGCAUACAAUUAUAAGAUGGAUCCAAGCAAGAAGUUUAACAGUGCAACUGUUGACGGGCAUGAUGUGGCGAGCGAGCAAUUCAGAGGAAACGAGAAUUCUUUGCAUGGGAACGCUGCAAUGAAUGAGACUAUGUACUUCUUCCAAGAGGAUCUGCACCCUGGUAAUAUGGUCAAGUUGCCAAUCCUCACCAAGGAGAAGGACUCUGCUACAUUUUUAACUCAACAAGUUGCUGACUCGAUACCCUUUUCGACUGAAAAAUUCCCCGAAAUUUUAAACUACUUCUCUUUCGAGUCCGAAUCAAUUGAAGCUAAAUCUAUGGAACAAACAAUUAAAGGGUGUGAGAGGGAAGUCAUGCAGGGUGAACAUAUGUUCUGUGCCACUUCAUUCGAGUCGUUUGUUGGUUCGAGUGUUUCGAUGCUUGGAGAAAAUAUCCAGCUGCUAGCCAAUGAGCUCGAGAAAGAACCGAAUGAGCCGGUGUUUACUAUCGGGAGGGGAAUACAGAACAUGGGAGAGGAAGAACUUGUUUGUCACAAGAUGCAGUAUCCAUAUGCUGUGUUUUUAUGCCAUUCGAUUGACAGAACUGUGGUGUAUAAAGUUCCGUUGGUCGGAACCGAUGGAACGAAAGCUAAAGCUUUAGCUAUUUGCCACAAAGAUACAUCAGCUUGGAGCCCCAAUCACCCUGCUUUUCAGAUCCUAAAUAUUAAGCCAGGAACUGUCCCUAUAUGCCAUUUCGUGAUUCGAGAUACUCUUAUUUGGGUUCGGAAGUGA